AUGUCUCAGAGCAGCAUUCAUGGUAUUGAAGGUAUAAAACAAAAGAGAAAAUAUUUGUCAAUUGAUCAGACAGUUGACUUGACAGAGAAAGCAGAACGUGGAUACUCUGUCACUCAACUCGCCAAGAAUUCAACAUCGGUAAAGAAAGAAAGAUUUUCAGCAUUAUUGUGCUGUAACGCAGAUGGCAGUAACCGAACAAAGUACGCAAUUGUUGGGAAAUCUGCCAACCUCAGAGCAUUGAAAAACUGCAUGAACAGACUUCCUGUCAUCUACUACAACACAAAAAAUGCCUGGUUCACACAGAUUAUUUUUGAGGAUUGGUUCCAGAAUCACUUUUGUAAAGAAGUAAAAAAGCAGCAGAUCAAUAUGUGUAGAAUUCAUCCUGCUGAGAUAAAGUCAAUGUUGUUAACUGAUAAUGCCCCAGCUCACCCCAAUGCUAAAUUAACAUCGCCUGAUGGCAAAAUAACAUGUAUAGCUUUACCACCAAACACUACAUCUGUAAUACAACCCAUGGAUUAG